GUACUAUUCUCAAGGAAUAGGCGACCUAGAAAAGCCGCCUGCUGGCGCGUAGUUGGCGUGCACUGACGGACAGCUGGCGACGGUGCGACGUUGUUUUCCGGGAACCACGAGGAGAGGCGGAGGGGAGCAGCAGCUCGUCGGUGAUGACGACGCGGAAUUUCACGGAGUGUCAGCUGUGCGGUGCGCCAAGCGACUAAGAGAGGUCCAGGUCUCUCUCUCUCUCUCUCUCUCUCUCGACACGGAUGUUGCGUCUCGUCGACGUGCGUUUUACGACGUGUUCGUGUCGGAGGACCUAGUGCUACCUGUGCAGAAGUCUGCUUCUAAUUGCGUCGAGCGAACAAUGGCGCUGGGGAGUCCGCCUCGUUGAGACGCCCGGAGCGACAGGAUCGACAGGGUGAGAGGGGAGGGGAUGUUUUGUUUGUCUUCUCGGACCUAACCUGCUUCACGGACGCGCCUCCUCGUCGGCCGAUAACGUCGGUGUGUGCGCACGCACGCGCGCGCGCGCGCGCGCUCGAUUAGUCCGAUACACGCGUUCUCUCGACCGGGCGGGCGACUAUCGUCGCGUGAUGACUUCAUCGCUCCGCUCAGCCACUUCCUGGUCUCUUUGUCAGUGUUCCUCUCGCCGCAACGACGACCGCCAGAGACGAGCGUGAUUCGCGUGCACCCUGUGCAGGCUGUUGUGCGACGUCGACGACUGGGCCGGCCCGGGAACGAGCAGCAGGAGGACCCAAAGCUCGAAGCUCGCUCGACUGCGGGUGAUCGCGUCCUCCAUCGGGACGGUGGCGGCCACGAAGAUGCUUCAGAGACGCAACCGCGGUAGAAGACGUGCCCUCAUUGUGACGUACCCCGGUAGCGCGCAACAUGAACUCGCUGCUGAAGACCGUCAACUCCAUCGCGCUCAACAAGAAGAGGAACCUCCUCGUCAGGGACUCGCUGCAGAAGCAACUCAACACCAACGUUAUGGAGAUGCAGAGCGCGCCUGGGGCGGCCGACGACGGUGUCGUGGGCAACUGCGACGAGAGCAUGAGCUUGUGCUCCGUGUUGGAGGCCAUCUUCCUGCACGGCUUGAAGGACAGCCUGCUGAACCGCGUGACCGAGGCCUUGAGCGGGCCCGACUUCGACGCCAUGCCGCAGCCGAGCUUCUGGGGUCCGCUGCUGGUGUUCUCGCAUCGCCAGAUCAUAGACCAGAUACAGACCUUGAGCCAGGUGACUACAGAAGUCGGCUACUGCCGCGCCUGGAUACGAAUGGCUCUCAACGAGGGCCUGUUAGCUAGCUACUUUUGCGCCAUCAAGCGCGACAAUUCGGCCUUGAAGCCCUAUUACAAUCGUUCGGCUUACAUCAGGGACACGGACUACGUUGAGGUGGCGCAAAGGUUGAUAGAGAACUUGGACUACGUGCGCUUCGAGCUGGUCUGCAACAGCAGCCUCUUGAACUUCUGGUCUACCACGCCGCUGCUGAUCGCCGGCAUCUGGUCGCCGCCGAUGAAAUCUUGCCCCGUGUUCAGCGCGGUGGACAUUGCCAAGACCAUCACCACUGACCUGACCGACAACGAAAACCUAGACGAGAUAGAGACCGCCAGCUCUAUCGGUAGUCUGGGCUCAUUUACAUCGUCGCAGUCGAUGUUCAACAACAUAGCGUCCAUCACGGAGGACCAGGCUCUGAAGAUCAUCUUGGCCAAUGAGCAGUCGGACAAUGUACUCGGGGAGCUGCACGGCAACCCUGCGGAUGCCAGUAAGCCGGACGAGGCUAAUUCAGCGGACACGAUAGAGAAGCUGGAAGAGUCGAGACGACAGACCAGGCAGACCAGGCAACAGCUGACGAACGGCAGUGCGGAUGAGAAGAACGCAGAGCCGACGAGUGCCGUUGUUGUCGCUGCUGCUGAUGCGGAGGACUCGCAGGACGUUCCGCGGGAGAAUGAGGACGUGGAGGUGAACGACGCGGCCGGGAUUACCGUAGGCAAUUCGUUGAUAGGAAGAUUAGGAUGGUCCACUUCGUUCGAGGAGUGCCAAUCUUCUUUAACUUCAUCUGUGAUAUCUCACGGCUCAGGCGCGGCAACGGACGCGGCGCCUUGUUCGCCCGGCGACGGUUCCACGUAUGACGCGCUCAUCCAGAGCUACCACACUGGCGGAAACAGCACGGUGCCGAAUCUGCAGGAAUUCCUCAAGAAAUAUCCAAAGAAGGAGACCAUCGACGGCGAGGCCAAGGCCCAGGCUGAGUCGAAGGUUGUCAUCAAUCUCGAGGAGCAGUUGGGCAGACUGCCGCGGGAGAAGGGCUUGGACGUGCAGAAUUACAGUUGUCUCGACUGCGGCGAGGCGAUCGGCAUGACCUUCUCCAAGGCGCACAUAUGCUCGUACUCGGGUGAUUACUAUUGCUCCAAGUGCAUGGCGGAUGGACAGUACCUCGUGCCGUCGCGCAUGAUCCACAACUGGGAUCUGAAGUAUUAUCCGAUUUGCCAGAAGGCGGUCGCCUACCUGCAGGGCCAGCCGGCUCUGUUGGACAUGAAGAUCCUGAACCCGAGGAUCUACAAAGCCGUGGACGCGAUGGCUCGGUUGCAGUCGCUGCGGAUACAGCUGAAUCUGCUGAGAGCGUACUUGUUCACGUGCCGUGAGCCCAUCAUCGAGUCCCUGCAGAAGAAGGUCGCGCCAAGGGACUACCUGUACGAACACGUUCAUCAAUAUUCCGUUUCAGACUUCCUCGACAUACCCAACGGGAUUCUCGCGCAGCAGCUCCAGAAGGUCGUUGAGUUCGCGAGGGGUCAUGUGAUAAAUUGCUGGCUCUGCAGUCAGAAAGGUUUUAUAUGCGAGGUGUGCAACAAUCCAAAGGUUAUCUAUCCGUUUGACAUGGAGUCCACAUUCCGGUGUGGGGCGUGCAACGCCGUGUUCCACGCGGACUGCUUGAACGCCAGUAAACCGUGUCCAAAGUGCGAGCGCAGACGCAAACGGAUGGACUUACCGCUCUUAGACAUGGGCUGUACGGACCUGCCGAACAGCAGCAUGUCGUCGUCCCCGGUCGACACGAAUUGAUGGGAAUCAAUGUUAACGCUUCACGCCAACAUCGACACGUUCGACGACUCCUCUUCAUUCUUUCCCUUCUUUUCCUAACAA